AUGCCGCCUAAAGCCGCUAAAAGCGAGUAUAUUGAAACUGUAAGUGCCCCUCCUCCCCCCACAGUGUUGCUUUUGGAAUUUACCGAGUGUCAAUCGCUCGUGGCUGCCGGUGCCUAUCGCCCUUGUCAAACUACUCACACGAAGCAGGACACGGGGAACAAGAUCUCGCGUCGCUCCCAAAUCCAUGGCACACAACAUAUCAUUCUCGGCGGAAAGACCGUGAUCCAAGCCGAAGCCGUGAUCCGCGGCGAUCUCUAUCGGCAGCCAUCCACCGCCACCUCGUCAGACGGCAGCAAUCCCACACCCGCGUCCAAUGCUCCCAGCGUCGCAAUUACCGUCGGCCGGUACAGCUACAUUUCUAAGAGCGCCGUGCUGCGCCCGCCCAGUCGAUUGCAUCGGGGCGUGCACUCGUAUUACCCGCUCAAGAUCGGCGAUCAUGUCUUUGUGGGCGAGUCGGCUGUGAUUGAAGCGGCGUCGCUGGGGAACCACGUCCACGUGGGCACGGGCGCGAUGGUGGGCAGUAUGGCGAUUGUCAAGGAUUAUGCGGUGAUUCUGGACGGGGCGGUUGUUCCGCCUGGUAUGGUUGUGCCGAGUUGGUGCGUUGUGGGUGGGAGACCUGCUCGUAUCGUUGGUGAAGUGGGUGAGGGCUAUGGUGUUGAAGGGGCGGAGGGUGGGAUGGCACGAGAGAGGUACCGUCUGGUGGGAAAGCCACAGUAG